ACAAUGCCGGUCAUUAAUGUAGAAGAUCUGACAGACCUGGAUAAGGCUACAAUGGAAGUAACCCAGCUCAAAACUGAGGUGAAGCUGGAAAGGGCGAAGACCUCCAAAUGCUGUGAAGAGAUUACGGAGUACAUUCAGAGCGGAGCAGAGGAGGAUCCUUUGGUCAAAGGCAUUCCAGAGGAAAAGAACCCAUUCAAGGAGAAAGGUGGAUGUGUCAUUUGCUAAUGUGGACAGAGUUUUGCAGUUUAGUGUUCAAUGCAGCCCAUGGACACCUGCUCAAAUUUAAUCAUAGCUGGAAUCCACUCUGCUCCCCGAAAAAGGACGAUCACAAACAUGGAUAGAUGUUCGAAUAACUCUAAAUGGCUCUUUCUCCCUUUUAAAUGAGUCCUCAGGAUCUGGACCCUCAUAUGUUGUGUAUUCAUCUUUGAAGUGAUGCAAAUCUGACUACCAUUGUGCACUGAUCACCAGAGACUUGCUUGAUGGACUAAUACAUGUAUUUCUUUCUUAGGCAGCCAGCCAGAGUGUAACAUCUGUGUAACAAAACUGGGUGAAAGUGAAUUUUUGAGCUUGUUGGUACAUGAUAAAUCAAGGCUUAAUCGGUGGAAUAAUUUAGCUAUUCAAUAAAACCAAAGUUACAUGGCAAAAGGCCA